AUAUGCGUGUUUUUGCAAUAAACUUGAAGCGCUUGAAAGCAUGCCAAGGAAGAGGUGCCAAGCAGUGUGCUGUGGUGAGCGGCGCUGCACGAUACAAGACCAGGACAAGCAGCAAGCGCAGCCCCGAGAUUUGUGGCUGACUUUGGCUAACCAUGAUAGACUGAUAAACGUAAAAAGACUGUAAUGAAGAGCAUUCAAGAGCGUGUCACUGAACUGAUGUAAGAGCGGCCACAGGGAUCGUCACAGCAUGCGAGGCUCUCAUCUCAACUCCCGCACAGAAAAGUACCUCGAUGACAUAUCUCCUCCGCAGCCGCAUUUCAGCACGACCGGAGUUUUGGUUCAAAUGCAAGCAGGAGGUUGUGGCAGCAGGGAAUACCUUUUUGGCCGUCAACACGUCACCAGCAUUGCUCAUAACCCUUUGCAAACCUCUCGUUCAGUUUCUUCCUUGAGUUUUGAAAGCUGCAGUAGUAGAGAUGAACCAUCGUCCACAAGUAAUGAGGAAAAGACUAGAAUAUUCAGAGGAUACUUGGCUAUGAUCUUGAGCUGCGUUUAUGCAGUUUUUAUUGUAACUCUGGGACUUGUCAUCUACAUUAGCGAUGUUGUCUUGGUUAACACGUCAAUGGCAGAGAUGUAUGGAAUCUAUCUCGUUGCAUUUGGUCUCGCGUGGUUCAUCUACCUGUAUAACGAUAUUCGACGCUACUUGAAAAACGCGAGGAAAGAUUUCGCUUUGCAGCAAAGGAGGAAUGAAACAGGGGUGCAGUGGAGUAGAAAAAGCGUCUCUGUACCACACUAUUGCUUCAAUCAAGGUCGCCACUCAGGAAGUUUCUAUCUCAAGAUUGGUGCUGCCGGUUUCUGCUUUGGCCACUUGAUCCACAGCUUACUUCUAUUCGGCUACCAGGUGUCUUACCUCACGUCGUCUGAGCCGCAUGUGAACAAAUGCGCCAGCAUUCCAACACUUGUUCUGGAUAUUCUAUAUCCUACCUAUUCAUUUGUACAACUGUUUUUCAUUUUCAAAUACUCCAACGUGAUCAUUAACCACUGCACAGAGCUGGCAAGAUUUGCCCUGAUGCACUGCAUAGCCUCCAGCCUCUGUUUUUGGGUCUGGACCAUUUUGAGGGAGACGGUCGACUCGCUGAGCCACCUUCACCACAACCGCGCCUCAGCGAUCCAAAAUCUCAUGCCGGUGCUGCACGAGGAGCGAUCUGAGGCGCUUCAUUAUCCUAUUACGCCAUUGCCCAUUACGUCGAAAGGUGCACAGGAUCUCGUUAAGUUUUUAAACGAUACGUCUUUUCUGCAUGACCACUGCAGAGGAGCAAGAACACUUUCAGACAACUUUGAGAAUUUUUCCCCCUAUCUCUACCCUUUCACCAUUGAAUAUUCCAUACUCGUUGUCGGUGUUCUCUUCAUCAUGUGGCAAAAUAUUGGUCGGUGUUGCGGUCACAGCAUGACCGGAAGGCCUUGUUGGCCAACCUGCCGACAACUGCCCUCGGGCUACGACGCCGACUUCACCAGCAACGUGGUGUUGCACGCGGAUUGCCACUCGGCCAACAAAGGUCUCUUUGCUGGGCUCAUUGUGCUCGUGGGCUCAGCUGUCUCCAUCAUUCUCUUCUUUGUGGCCAUGGCGGACCGGGCCUUCGUCGCCACUGGCCUCUUCGUUAACGCAGUGACAGAGCUGAGCCUGCUGGUGAUGAUGACAGUGGCCGUGGCCGUCGCGUAUCGACAAAUGACCCGCCUAGACGUCAACAAGCACGCCGUCUCUCUGCUCGACGAUCUCCUCCUUUUCAUCUGCAUCCCUGCCUUUUUCCUCUAUGCAAUAUUCAGUAUCAUGCCUGCGGUUCAUAGCAAGAGUUACAUAUCAAUCGCAACAACAGUUCUGCAGGUUAUUCAAGUGUUGCUGCAAACUCCUUUCAUCAUCGACGGCUUGCGUCGGUGCAGCAACUCCCGCGCACUGCGAUACCAAAAGCCGGGUCGCGAAUUGGUGACCUUUCUCGUCGUGUGCAACGUAGCGAUGUGGAUCAUUGAAACCUUCGAGAUCAAAUCGCAAGACGCGCGUGACGACCGCUUCCAUUUUUACGGCAGCGUACUGUGGACAAUGCUGAGCCACAUGACAUUGCCCCUCACAAUGUUUUACAGAUUUCAUUCUUCUGUUUGUCUGGUUGACAUUUGGAAGUCUGCCUACGAGCCUGCAGAAGCAGAAACCCAAAGAUUUUGAUUUCGCUUAUUUGCUAGUUUCCCUUUAUUUAUUUUAUUUGAGCCACUCAAAUAAGAAAAAGUAGAUUUAACGGAGAAGUAUCGUGAGCUAGACAACUUUCAUAGUUCCUUUUAAUUUAGACAUUUUCCCAAAAAAUAAAACAACGUUAAUUUUUUUAAUUUGCAAGAAUGAAAAUUGCACAAAAAGUUGUUAUGUAGAUAUUAUAACAAAUAGUUAAAUUUAUUUAUUGAUAUUGACGCGCGAUUUCGGAAAUGGGAUUAGCGUGGUAAGGUGUAUAUAAUAAAUUUUAAAUUGAU